CUCUCACUUCCUCUCUCUCUCUCGCUCUCUCUCUCUUAUCUUUACAUUUCUUUUUCUGCGUCUCUUUCCUUUUCUGUCUCUACCUCCAUUGACACCUUUCCUUUUGAGGUUAUCUUCUGCUUUGAAAUUUUCAGAUGCAGUUGUGAUCCGAUCUCUGUACGCUUUGCAUUGCAUUUGCAAAAGCAAUCUUAAUUUCGGUUUGUUUUCGUGAUAUACGGUUCCUUCUUCAACCUUUUCAUUGCAUUUCGUCGUGAGCUUAUCUUGUAUGAUGAUGAUUGAAUCGAGAAGGUUGGUUUAUCUAUAGCUAGAAGGAGGGAGUUCUCUGGCACUUGCAUUGUUUGGCGAGAUGUCAAAGUCUCCCUCCUUUGAUCUGCAAGAGGAUUCCUCAUCUGUCUUUCAGUCUAGCGGAUCAAAUGGAACAUUGGAAAUGGAUGACGCAGAGAAUACAGUAGCUACAGUUGCUCGCUUUAUUGAGAAGCUACAUGCCAAAACAUCUUCACCACAUGAGAAAGAACUUAUUACAGCACGUCUUGUUAGCCUGGCCAAAGCGAAAAAGGAGGCCAGGACAAUCAUUGGUUCUCAUACCCAGGCAAUGCCACUAUUCAUAUCUAUUCUCAGAAGUGGCACUCCAGGGGCAAAAGUUAAUGUUGCUGGAACUCUGAGUGCUCUAUGCAAAGAUGAUGACUUGCGAGUGAAGGUACUUCUUGGUGGGUGCAUCCCACCUUUGCUCUCACUCUUGAAGUCUAAAUCUAUUGAUGCUAGGAAGGCUGCAGCAGAGGCAAUAUAUGAAGUAUCUUCAGGAGGGCUUUCCGAUGACCAUGUUGGUAUGAAAAUAUUCGUCACAGAAGGUGUAGUACCAACCUUGUGGGAUCAGCUCAAUCCACAGAACAAGCAGGACAAAGUGGUGGAGGGUUUUGUUACUGGGGCCUUGAGAAAUCUUUGUGGUGACAAAGAUGAUUACUGGAGAGCAACUCUUGAGGCUGGGGGAGUGGAUAUCAUUGUAGGUCUUCUAUCCUCUGAUAAUGUUGCAGCCCAAUCCAAUGCAGCUUCUCUCAUGGCUCGUCUGAUGUUGGCUUUCAGUGAUAGUAUCCCAAAGGUAAUUGGUUCUGGGGCCAUCAAAGCUUUGCUUCAGCUUGUGGGUCAGAACAAUGAUGUUUCAGUCCGUGCUAGUGCUGCUGACGCUUUGGAGGUAGUUUCCUCAAAGUCAGUAAAGGCUAAACAAGCUGUUGUAGAUGCAAAUGGUGUUCAUGUGCUCAUUGGGGCUGUAGUUGCUCCUUCUAAAGAAUGCAUGCAAGGGGAGUCUGCUCAGGCUCUGCAGGGCCAUGCAACCCGAGCUUUAGCAAAUAUCUAUGGUGGAAUGUCUGCUUUGAUACUGUAUCUUGGACAACUGUCACAGUCUCCUCGCCUUGCUGCACCAAUUGCUGAUAUAAUUGGAGCACUUGCUUAUGCCUUGAUGGUCUUUGAACAGAAUUCUGGUGUUGAUGGGGAAUCUCUUGAUGCAACAAAGAUAGAGGAUAUAUUGGUAAAGCUUCUGAAGCCUCGUGAUACUAAGCUGAUUCAGGAGCGUAUCCUUGAGGCUAUGGCAAGCCUGUAUGGCAACAUCCAGCUCUCAAGUUCCCUUAAUCAUGCUGAAGCAAAGAAGGUUCUUAUUGGACUUAUCACAAUGGCUGUUGGGGAUGCACAUGAGUAUCUGAUUGUUUCUUUAAGCAGCUUAUGUCGUAAUGGGAUAGGCCUCUGGGAGGCCAUCGGCAAGAGAGAAGGAAUUCAGUUACUCAUAUCAUUAUUGGGUUUGUCCAGUGAGCAGCAUCAGGAGUAUGCUGUUCGAUUGCUUGCAAUCUUGACUGACCAAGUUGAUGACAGCAAGUGGGCUAUUACUGCCGCAGGUGGGAUUCCUCCGUUGGUACAAUUACUAGAGACAGGAUCUCAGAAGGCACGGGAGGAUGCAGCACAUGUUCUCUGGAACUUGUGUUGUCAUAGUGAAGAUAUCCGGGCCUGUGUUGAGAGUGCAGGAGCCAUCCCAGCAUUCUUAUGGCUUCUUAAAAGUGGUGGGCCAAAAGGUCAAGAAGCAUCAGCUAAGGCACUUAAAACCCUUGUCCGAUCAGCUGAUCAUGCCACUAUUAAUCAGUUGCUAGCUCUGCUCCUAGGGGACUCUCCGGGCUCAAAGGCACACAUAAUAAGAGUUUUGGGCCAUGUACUUACAAUGGCAUCACUCAAUGAUAUUGUGCAUAGGGGAUCUGCUGCUAAUAAAGCAUUAAAAUCUCUUAUAAAGGUUCUGAACUCUUCAAAUGAAGAAACCCAAGAGUAUGCAGCUUCUAUUCUUGCUGAUUUGUUCAGCACAAGGCAGGAUAUUUGUGAUAGUCUUGCAGCUGAUGAGGUUGUGCAUCCUUGCAUGAAGCUUCUAGCUGGUAAUAAUACUCAAGUUGCAACGCAGCUAGCUCGAACACUGAGUGCCUUGUCUCGUCCAACCAAGAAAAAGACUACUAUCAAGAUGCCUUAUAUUGCAGAAGGAGAUGUUAAACCUCUAAUUAAGUUGGCUAAAACUUCAUCCAUUGAUGCUGCUGAAACUGCAGUUGCUGCACUGGCCAAUCUUCUCUCUGAUUUCCAGGUUGCUGCUGAAGCCCUGGCAGAAGAUGUUGUGGCGGCUUUGACAAGGGUCCUUGGGGAAGGAACUUCAGAAGGCAAGAAGAAUGCAGCACGAGCCCUUCAUCAAUUACUAAAGCAUUUCCCAGUGGGUGAUGUUCUCAAGGGAAAUGCUCAGUGUCGUUUUACUGUUCUUGCGAUUCUUGAUUCCUUGAAUGCAUUGGACUUAAAUGGCACUGAUGCUGCUGAUGUGUUAGAAGUAGUUGCACUCUUGGCCAAAACAAAACAAGGUUUGAGUGCCACUUACCCACCCUGGACUGCCUUUGCUGAAGUACCCUCAAGCUUAGAGUCUUUAGUUUGCUGCUUGGCUGAGGGCUCCCCUUCACAGCAAGAUAAGGCAAUAGAAAUUUUGUCUAGGCUUUGUGCCGGUCAACCAGUUGUUCUAGGUGAUCUGUUGAUUGCCAGAUCAAGUUCAAUUGGUUCUCUUGCAAAUAGAAUAAUAAACUCCUCCAGUUUAGAAGUGCGAGUUGGAGGGACUGCAUUGUUUGUAUGUGCUGCAAAAGAACACAAACAACAGUCAAUGGAAGCACUUGAUUUAUCAGGUUAUUCAAAGCCACUCACAUAUGCUUUAGUGGAUAUGAUGAAGCAGAAUUCUAGUUGUUGUUCUUUAGAAAUUGAAGUCAGAACCCCAAGGGGAUAUUUUGAAAGAUCAGCCUUCCAGGAAGGGGAUGAUUUUGAUGUUAUUGAUCCAUCCACUGUUUUAGGAGGUACUGUUGCCCUGUGGCUUCUAUCAAUAAUUUCUUCAUUUCACAAUAAGAACAAGCUCAUUGUAAUGGAAGCUGGUGGACUUGAAGCUCUGUCUGACAAGCUUUUAAAUUAUACAUCUAAUCCACAGGCAGAGUUUGAGGACACCGAGGGUAUAUGGAUUAGUGCCUUGCUCCUGGCUAUCUUAUUCCAAGAUGCAACUGUUGUUAUGUCUCCUACAACAAUGCGGAUCAUACCUUCACUUGCUCAUUUGCUAAGAUCUGAUGAAAUGAUUGACAGAUAUUUUGCUGCCCAAGCAAUGGCUAGCCUAGUUUGCAAUGGAAGUAAGGGAAUAAAUCUCACCAUUGCAAAUUCAGGUGCUGUUGCUGGGUUAAUAACUCUAGUUGGUUACAUAGAAUCAGAUAUGCCAAACUUUGUUGCUUUAUCAGAAGAAUUUUCUCUGUUACGAAAUCCUGGUCAAAUUAUUCUGGAGCGCCUUUUUGAAAUUGAAGAUGUGAGAGUUGGUUCGACUGCACGCAAAUGUAUUCCAUUGCUGGUGGAUCUCUUAAGACCUAUCCCUGAUAGGCCAGGUGCCCCCACAAUUUCUGUUCAACUCUUAACGCACGUUGCAAAAGGAAGUGAUACAAAUAAAUUGAUAAUGGCAGAAGCUGGAGCUCUGGAUGCUUUGACAAAAUAUCUUUCAUUGAGUCCUAAGGACUCAACUGAGGCGUCUAUUUCUGAACUCUUAAGAAUCCUGUUCCAAAAUCCUGAAAUCACUCGAUAUGAAGCGGCUCUUAGUUCAGUGAAUCAACUUGUGGCAGUUCUUCAUCUGGGGUCAAGGGAUGCUAGAUUUAGUGCUGCAAGGGCUCUUCAAGAACUUUUUGACGCUGAGAACAUCAGAGACUCCGAAUUAGCUUGGCAGGCUGUUCAGCCAUUGAUUGACAUGCUUAAUGCUGCAUCAGAGAGUGAGCAAGAGGCGGCUCUUGUUGCUUUAAUCAAACUGACUUCAGGAAAUACUUUAAAAGCAGCUCUAUUCACGGAUAUGGAAGGUGAUCCUCUUGAGACUUUAUACAAGAUAUUAUCUUCUUCGUGUUCCUUGGAAUUGAAGAGAUGUGCUGCACAGCUUUGCUUUAUUCUGUUUAGCAAUGCCAAAUUCAGAGCAGAUCCAAUUGCCUCAGAGUGCAUGCAGCCUCUUCUGUCUCUUAUGCAGUCUAAUAUAAGUUUGGUUGUGGAAGCUGGGGUUUGUGCUUUUGAGAGAUUGUUGGAUGAUGAACAGCAGGUGGAGCUUGCUGCAGCUUAUGAUAUUCUUGUGGAUCUUCUUGUUGGCUUGGUUUCUGGGACUAAUUUUCGACUUAUUGAAGGUAGCAUCUGUGCUUUAAUAAAGUUGGGGAAAGACCGGGCUCCUUGCAAAUUGGAUAUGGUCAAAGCAGGUGUUAUAGAUAAAUGCCUUGUGCUACUCCCUAUUGCCCCCAGUUCAUUAUGCUCUGCAAUUGCAGAAUUGUUUCGCAUUUUGACAAAUAGUGGUGCAAUUGCUAGAAGCUCAGAUGCAGCAAAAAUAGUAGAACCCCUUUUUAUGGUUUUGCUUCGGCCAGAUUUUGGUUUGUGGGGACAGCACAGUGCAUUACAAGCACUUGUAAAUAUUUUGGAGAAGCCACAGAGCCUUGUAACAUUAAAUAUUACUCCCAGCCGGGUCAUUGAACCUUUAAUUACAUUUCUGGAAUCUCCUUCUCAAGCCAUUCAGCAGCUUGGCACAGAAUUGUUAUCGCAUCUUCUUGCACAGGAACAUUUUCAGCAAGAUAUCACAACAAAAAAUGCUGUUGUGCCACUUGUGCGGCUUGCAGGAAUUGGAAUAUUGAACCUUCAGCAGACAGCAAUCAAGGCACUGGAAAAAAUUUCUACAAGCUGGCCAAAGGUGGUUGCGGAUGCUGGAGGUAUUUUUGAGGUUGCAAAGGUUAUUAUUCAAGAUGAUCCUCAACCACCUCUUGAGCUGUGGGAAACUGCUUGUUUGGUUUUAUCAAAUGUGCUGUGCUUCAAUGCAGAGUACUACUUUAAGGUUCCUUUGGUUGUCCUUGUGAGAAUGCUGCACUCUACACUUGAGAGCACUAUUAAAGUGGCUCUUAAUGCUCUAAUUGUUCAUGAAAGGACUGAUGCUUCAAGUGCAGAGCAGAUGGCUGAAGCUGGUGCUGUAGAUGCUUUGUUGGACCUGCUAAGAUCUCGUCAGUGUGAAGAGUUAUCAGGAAGAUUACUUGAAGCUUUAUUUAAUCAUAUCAGGGUACGAGAGAUGAAGGUUUCCAAGUAUGCUAUUGCACCUUUAGCACAGUAUCUAUUAGACCCACAAACGAAAUCAGAUACCUGCAGGCUACUUGCUGCACUAGCUAUUGGGGAUCUCUCUCAGCAGGAAGGACUUGCUAGGGCCAGUGAUUCUGUUUCAGCAGUCCGUGCUUUGGUAAGCUUGCUUGAAGAUCAGCCAUCUGAAGAAAUGACCAUGGUGGCAACUUGUGCAUUGCAAAAUUUUGUCAUGCAUAGUCGGACUAAUAGGAGGGCUGUUGCAGAAGCAGGUGGCAUAUUAAUAGUUCAGGAACUGCUAUUGUCGACUAGUACUGAUGUUGUUGGGCAAGCAGCAAUGCUGAUCAGAUUUCUGUUUUCUAACCACACUCUCCAGGAAUAUGUUUCAAAUGAGCUUAUCAGGUCUUUGACAGCUGCACUUGAGAGAGAGUUGUGGUCCACAGCAACCAUCAAUGUACAGAUCUUGAGAACCUUGAAUGUCAUUUUCACCAACUUUCCUAAGCUCCAUGUUUCUGAAGCAGCAACCUUGUCUAUUCCCUGCUUAAUAAAUGCACUAAAGUCAGGUAGUGAGGCUGCUCAGGAAUCUGUAUUGGACACCCUCUGCUUGUUGAAACAGUCUUGGUCAGCCAUGUCAAUAGAGAUUGCGAAGUCUCAAGCAAUGGUUGCAGCUGAUGCCAUUCCUAUUCUCCAAAUGCUGAUGAAGACCUGCCCGCCAAGUUUCCACGAGAGAGCAGACCUCCUGUUGCACUGCUUACCAGGUUGUUUAACUGUUACCAUUAUGCGUGGGAACAACCUCAAGCAGACAGUGGGAAGCACAAAUGCCUUCUGCCAAUUGACAAUAGGCAGUGGUCCUCCUCGGCAAACCAAGGUUGUAAGCCACAGUAUUUCUCCAGAAUGGAAAGAAGGGUUCACAUGGGCUUUUGAUGUGCCACCGAAAGGACAAAAACUACACAUUAUAUGCAAAAGUAAAAAUACUUUUGGGAAGACAACUUUGGGAAGAGUGACUAUCCAAAUCGAUAAAGUAGUGACAGAAGGAAUAUACAGCGGAUUAUUCAGCCUCAAUCAUGAUAGUAACAAGGACGGCACUUCCAGAACGCUUGAAAUUGAGAUUGUCUGGACCAACAGGCCAUCAGAAUGAUAGCCUGUGAAGGGUUUAGGCAUUUUAUACAAGAAACCCACUGAAAUCAGGAACGGCAAUCAACCAAAUGAGAGAAGAAUAAUUAAUAUUCAUUCAUCUCAUCCAAUGGGAUGCAGGAAGUUGUCUUGCUUGUAAGUGUUUACAGUUUGAAGGUCCAGUUUUGUAGUAGCAAAACAUAUGCUGCCUGACAUGUAAAGUGUACUCAUUAAUUUGCAGAGGUGAAAAAGGGUCGAGGGUUGUUCCCACGGCAUAGGAAAACAUACAAAUUGUCUAGUAGUUUGCUGUACAGGUCAGUCUGUAGGUAUUAGCAGUUAAAGCCCACGAUAGAGAAAUAGCACCGAGAAAAAUGAUGAAAUCAAGCUUUACCCUAAGAAGGGGGGUUUUCGAUGGUAGGAAUAAGUUGUACUUCUUGUAAUGAGUUAUUUUGGCAAAUCAACAAAUCACUAUAAUGGGAAUUGAUACUAAGAGUAAUUGAAGUA